UACAGUUGUCGUAUUUUUACCUGUAACUGGUGACGUAGCUAUGCUGCACUGUGACACACAAAGACAUGUUAACAUUUGGUUUUAUUUAAUGGACUGUAUAAACAUGGAUUUUAUCUUCUGAGGAAAGAGGAAACUUGUGCUUAUUUAUCAAGUACAGUGUGGUUUUAGACAUAUCAAGUACAGUGUGGUUUUAAGACAAGAGGUUUUAUUAAGAAAUAAUUUAGCACAAGAAUAGUGUGGUCAGGACAAUAGUUUAAUGAUUUGAAAUUUUUUCUUGUGGGAGUAAUACCACAAUAAAAUUGAAUUGAAUGACAUCAAUAGAAGGCCUGUGGACAUAAAGUUUAUGGUGGACAGUUAAUGGAGUAAUUUGUUUGGUCAAGUGGUCUGGAGAUACAGGUAUAAAUAGACAGAAGUAUUGAAUUUUCCUCAAGAAAAUCAAUUAGUUUAUUGACGAUCCAAUGUAACAGACGUGUGAGCACGCCAGCUGAUACUCUUUAAUAUUUAUGAUUUUUUACACCUGGUAUCCGAUGACACAUGAAUUCAGAAGUGGAGUAUUUUGUCAAAAAUGGAGACAGGAAAAUGUGCAGAUUCGGAAGACAAGGAUAAACAAGGGCACUUUAUGAACAGCAAAGAUUUAGUUUCAGAUAUUAAGUCAAAAGUUGACUUUGAUGAAAUUAUUGACGUGUCCUUGGAAGGUCAAGAUUAUACAAACGGUUUGAAUGCUGAAGUGGAUCUUGAUGAAAGUGUUGAUAAAAAGGAUAGUCAAACUGACAAAGGUGAUGGAUUAGAUGAGAGUGGAAAUAAUGAGAAAAAUGAUCAGGAAUUAAUGAAUGGUCACAAAGGGGAUACAGAAAAGUUAAAUGAAGAGAUAAAUUUGGAGAUUGGUAAAGAUGGCAGUGACAUUGUAGAGAAUACAAAUACCAGUGAAGGUGAAUUUCUCGAAGGAAACAGUACAUCUGGUCCUGAAGAUAAAAGUGACAUGGGUAAUAAUUUGGAAAGCAAAGGUUUGGAGACAGAUGUAGAUGGUAAUAUAGAACAGAAUGUGAAAGAGCUUGAUCAGUCUGAGGAGGGAGAAUUAGAGAAUAACAAUGUAAAAGAAACGUUAGAUAAUGAAAAUUUAAAUCCUACACAAAAAGAAGGGUGUCCAGAUGAAAAUGUAAAUGACAAUGCACAUGAAUCAACAAAAGGCACAAAACAAGUAGAGAAUGCAAGUAAAGAGAAUUUGGAUACCGGCAUGGAUGCUGUAGAUACAACCAUUGAGGCAGAGUCAGAAACAAAGGAGAAUAAUUUGGAUAAUGAAAGUCCUGACAGUGAGGAAACAAGAGAUAAAGGCAACGAAAGUCAAGGUUUAGACUUUAAACUUGAUCCAAAAAGUGAGAAAUGUUCCACAGAUACUGAAGCAAAUUGUACAGCUGAUUUGGAGAAUGAGUCUUUGGAGGGUAAUAAGGAAGUAGAACAUAAUGUUGAUGAAGGAAUUAUUGAUAGAGAGAAAAUUCAAAACUUUAUAAAAGAAGUGAUAAAUGAUUUACAAGGAAUUGUAAUAGAAGCAGAUGAAUGUGAUUCAGUGGUUAAUGAAAUGUGUGAUGAAGAUACAAGAAGUGAAUUAGUCAGCGAUAAGACUGUGGCUGAUGAUGUUCAUGAAGUAGCUGUAACUACCGAAGCUCCUGAAAGUAGUGUGGAAAGUGAACCAAAAGAAGUUAUUGGAAACCAGGAAGAAACAAGUAUAGAAGCAUCUGAUGAAAUUUCAGGUUCUAAAAUGAAUGAAAUUGAAUUAAGUGGAAAGAACACACCAUGUGAAUUGGUAAUAAAGGAAGAUACAGACACUACACAAACUUCUGAAACCCAUGUCAGUCAAACUGAAAAUGCACCAAAGACCAAUGACACUACAACUGAAGACCAUAAAACCUCAGAAGCCAGUGUGGACAAUGCUGGUGAUUUACCAAAGACACAUGAAAUGCCUAGUGAACAUCAUGAUGAGAAAUGUAAUGUUCAUGAUGGGCAAGAAAAACAAAACACCACAGAGACACAAACUGAACAGCCCGUAAGAAGGAAAGAGAAGAAUGAUAUAACCAUGGUCGAAGAGGAAUUAAAGACGACACAGACGGCACUUCGAAAGUCGCAACAAUGCCUACAAGACGAACGUUCAAAACAUAAUCGUGAGGUCAUCUCUCUGAAACUACAGUUAUGUAGAAGUCAGACGGAAUUAAAACAGCAAAAGUCGAAAUCUGAAAAACAGCUAACAGAAAUCAUGUCCCAUCUCGUAAUGUUGGAAAGUAGAUUGAGACGGGAACAGUUAAAACUGCAAAGGGAUACGAGAGAUAAAAAUCAUGUGAUUGAAAACCAGAAAAAAGAAAUCGUGAAAUUGAAAGAUCAGAAUGAGCAGUUAAUGAAUGCAAUAAAGGAAAUUUGUGCAAAUGGUGGUAUGAAUGGAUAUAUGCGACGCAAAAAUGGAAAUUAUGGUGACAGCUUUGAAAAUAGUGCUAAGGGUAACCGUGAUAAAAAAGGUCAUGCUGGGAAGUUAGGUUCAAUGAAAGAUAAGUUUUCAUCCAAAAAUCGUAGCAGUUUGGAGUUAAGCAGUUUGAAUUUGGAAAAAUAUCUAAUAAAAAAUGAACGCCUGUGUUCUAGUCAGGAAGAUUUGCACAGGAUUGGAGAUGAACGGAGACGUAGCAUACCAAGUGGAGAUGAGAGAAUGGGCAGAAACCAAAGUCAUGACACUAGCCCAAAGGAUAGACCAGUCAGUGAUAACAGCGAAUAUAAAAAUGGAAAUCGUAAAAAGCAUGUCAGGUAUGCACAGCAAAAUUUCUUUUCUGAUUAUGGGUCUCCGAAAUAUGAAAUGAACAAAUCUGUAAGCGAUUCGUCACAUUUGAGUGAAUCAAGUGGUUUUCAUUCCUUAAGUGACCAUGACCUCUCUGCACAAACUGAUUCUUUAACAAAUGGUAACCAUGGCAACCAUGACUACACUGAGGAUGACGAAGAUGAUGACAGAAUAUUUUCAUUCAGUUCGACUCACAUUAACACGGUGAUAGAUGAGGAGGAGGCUAUGGGACCAGUCAUGUCACAUUCUGGUCCGAUGAUGUCAAUGGGUUCAAUGCCCAUGCUCGCUAACCUCAAAGAGGACCAACUUGGUUCAGGAAAGAAUCGACCUCAUUCCCUUUCAGGUGUGGAUCUUAUGUCUAUUCAACAACAGGCACAGAAUUUGUCCAAAUUUGAACACAAAAUAAGCCCGAAGGGGUCGCCCGUGUCAGAAAUGAGCACACCGCCUUCUAGUCCUUCGUACAUGCAUGCAAAGAAUGAAUUGACCCCGUUCCAAACUUUCAAAACAAUGUUUCGAAGAAAAGGAAGUAGUAAGAAUAAAGGUCAUAAAAAACGAUCUGUGUCUUUGUCGCAAACUACAAAUAUGGAGUACAGUGAAGCUUUGAAAAAGCAUUUUCAGAAAUAUGAUAUGUCGUAGUCGCUGGUUAUGUUACUGCAAGUAAAUAUUGGUCAGGUUGCUUAAUGAGUAAAUUAUGGACUGAUUAUGAAGUGUUUUGAACUGGCCAAAUAAACACAUUAUUGCUAGGUACCAUGUACUGUAAAAGCAUAUAUUUUCGUUGGGUCAAAAUUUCGCGAAUUUGAAAUUUAGAGUAUGUGCGCGAGAUUUUAUAUUCGCGAAAUUGUAAAAAUGGUAUCCUGUUUGAACUUUGAUUAUACCUAUGGUGAAAAUUAAGCAAGGAUUAAUUUUCGCGAGAUGUAAAGCCUCGCCAAUAUAGCGGAAAUUAAACCCUCGCGAAAAUUUCUGCUUUUACAGUAUUUUUAUAAAUGGUAACUGGUUGAAUUGACAGACUGUGGACUGGUUAUGGUUUGGUUAUUGUGAGUAGAUUUUUGACUGGUUGCUAUUUUUUAUUAUUGACAUUAUAUUUAUCAGGUAAACUAGUUUUUUUUAAAAAAGGAAUUCUUUAUUUUUGAAAGUUUUGAUAGAUUAGCUAGAAUAAUUACACAGGCAAUUAUAAGAGGAAUAUCUUUAAACGCUAUGGAAAGUUAUACAUGUAUCUAUACUCAGACUGGUUGAAGAAAUAAGACCUAUAAAUUAUGUACCUGUACUUGAAAAUAAUGAAAUAUUUUCUGUGUUACUCAGUUACUGGAUUUUCGACUGUCUCUUUUAUUGUAUAUCCUAAGCAUCCAAAAAGCAUUGAUCAUUACCCAGCAACAAAUGGAGAGCAAACUGUAUUAAUAGAUGAGCUGCACCAUAAGAAAACCAACACAGUGUAUUUGCAACCAGCAUGGAUCCAGACCAGCCUACGUAUAUGUGUGAUCUGGUCAGGAUCCAUACUGUUCGCUAACGGUUUCUCUAAUUGCAAUAGGGUUUGAAAGCGAACAGCAUGGAUCCUGACCAGUCUGCAUGGAUGCGCAGGCUGGUCUGGAUCCAUGUUGGUGGCAGAUGCACUAUGUUGGUUUUCUCACGGUGUGGCCCAAAUAGUUGCAUUAUUUACAUUUGGUAACAUGCUUUAUCUUCAGUUUUGCUUGUCAUUACAGAUGUAGCAAUUUAAAUAGCUGACCUCCCUUGUUAGAAAUCAUUGACAUUUUGACUUUACCGCAUUUUUUAAUUUCAACAUUCUGAUUUUUGUACAUAUCUGACAGACAUUUCUUUUGUUUUUAAAGGCACUGUGACCAGCAGUAGUUCUUGUAUAGUAUUUGUCUUGUCAUGUCACCUACCAUUCUGGAAAAGCUACAAGACCAACUGAUUGCAAAAGUUGAACUGAAAUACCGAAAAAAGAAAAGUUUUGGGUUUGAUAAAAUUAUAUGCUGCAAUAUAUGCCUAGCAAAUUCUUCUUUCUUCGCUAGUUUUUAGUGCCUGGUUCAAAAGACUUUGUAUUUAUUUGCAAAGCCUAAUUGUAUUUAAAUUUGGGUUUGAUUGCGUGACAUCCGCUCAUUAUAGGCCAUCUUUGAUGUCACUGCACUCAGAGAAGUUAAAAUGCAUGCACACUUUGUUUAAUUACCUUGGUAAAUUAUCUAUCAAAACUUUGACCCACAAAAUAUCAAAGUCCCUGCUAUGUUUUGACAAUUUUCCUUCAGACAAAUUAGUCUCUUUCAAGUUUAAAAAAUCUUUUCUACAGAUAAUGUUAUAAAAUUGUUUGUAAAUUGGUGGACAGGCUUAAGGAGUAAAUUUUAUUUGACUAAAAGGCCUUUAAAAGUACAGAUAAGAGAAAUCAGGCAUGCAUGAAUAAUGAAAUAAAAAAAGGUUCAUGUUUAUAUGUCAGAUUGACAAUCAGUUGAUCUAACUUGAGGAUUGAGUUACAAAUCUUAAAGAUUUAUUCAAGUGACAGUACAAACAAAUUAGACAUUCACACAGAACACAGUGACAUCUGUUUUCUUAACAAAGCUACCAUUUACCAUUUGCAGAACAUACAAAAUAUGCAAAACAUAUAACAUAACACAGUGAUAUUACCUUUUACAUCAUUUGCAUACCAUUUUAAGCUAGAAUUUCUGGAAAUAUUUACUGUCACUUUUAUUCUCAGUUGAAAAUAAAUGUUGAAAGGAGGAAGGGCACUGGUCCUGGUAUGGUUCAAACCAUUCUCCUGUAGAUUGGUACUGAUCUCGGUACGGUUCAAACCAUUCUCCUGUAGAUUGGUAUUGAUCUCGGUACUGUUAAAACCAUUCUCCUGUAGAUUGGUACUGAUCUUAGUACGGUUAAAACCAUUCUCCUGUAGGUUGGUACUGAUUAGAGUGGUACUGAUCUCGGUACGGUUCAAACCAUUCUCCUGUAGAUUGGUACUGAUCUUGGUACAGUUCAAACCAUUCUCCUGUAGAUUGGUACUGAUCUCGGUACGGCUCAGAUCAUUCUCCUGUAGAUUGGUACUGAUCUCAGUAUGGUUAAAACCAUUCUCCUGUAGAUUGGUACUGAUCUCGGUACGGCUCAAAACAUUCUCCUGUAGAUUGGUACUGAUCUCAGUAGUGCUUAAACCAUUCUCCUGUAGAUUGGUACUGAUCUCAGUACGGUUAAAACCAUUCUCCUGUAGAUUGGUACUGAUCUCAGUACGGUUAAAACAUUCUCCUCUAGAUUGAUACUGAUUUCAGUAUGGUUCAAACAAUUCUCCUCUGGAUUAGUACUGAUUUCAGCCAGUAAUUAUGACAUUUGUAAAAAAAGUUGAAUUUAUUACAUAGCAGUAUGAUGAACACACUCUUAUUUAACAGUUUUAAUAAGCAACCUUGUAACAUCACUUAAAGCAAUAUCAUUUUUCAAUUUAGACAUAAUUGGUCUAGAUUAAUAUACAUACAUCUGGUAUAAUUAAAUAAGUUACUAGUGGUAUCAUUGAGAACCAGUCUGUUGUCAGGAUAUAUAUGAUUUACGUCACUUUCAAACAAAUUAAUUUUAUUAUCCUCAAUUAUUUUAAAUGGUACCUUACAAUUCAUUACACCUGUUAUAUCAUCUUGUAACAGGUGCUAUACUAAUGUAUGAUACAUAAAAAUUUAUAACAAAAUCGUUUAUAAUUUUUCUUCCCUCUUUUUACCACUGGCAAUAUACUUGAAAUUCAAAUUAUGGAAAAGUUUGGCUGUCUAUUUAAUUGCCACAAUUUGCUUGUUUUGAAAUAAUAAAUAAAUCCUGUAACUUGAUUGUAUUACCUCAUUGACCAGUAUUUUUUAUUCAGAUAUUGUCGUUUAUUAAAAAAUUAGCUGAUACCAAUUAUUGGAGGAGUUUAAAUGCCUCAUGCAUGUCUCCUGUAAUUAUAUUGCAGAUACCUCCCCCCACCCCCCACAUCUUGCAUGUUGUUUGCAAACAUUGCCUAUUUGAUAUCUUCACAGUAAGUAGUCCUUAUUUACAUGCAGUAAAGUUUUUUUGUUCAUUACUUACAUGUAGUUCUCGAGAAAAGACUUAAAAGGACAGAUCGAGCCCAACCUGGUGCCAAAAAAGAACCUUGUCUAGUUUUGCUUGUGAAAUUUUGAUUGAAUUUAAUGAGUGACAGAUCAAAACUGUCUGCUUUUAUGUAACUUUCUUAUAUUUGCUAAUUGAGCGUACAACAUUGUGGGCGGUGGCAUCAAUUGUCCAAAAGAAACCAAUAGUAAUUUAUCUUGUCUUGCUCUUUCAACCAAUGUCAUACUUUGUAAAGAAUGAAAAUCUACAUCUAUCCUGAAUUUCAUAGAAGCAUGUCUCUGUAUGACCCCCUAUAAGGAGUAGGUUAAAGAUUAAAUGAGUUAUAAUGUAGUUUGCUGCUCAGAGCUUACCUUACAUGGAAACAGGAUGUUACUUUCAAAUUAAACACUCUGCAACCAUAUUGUCUGCUUUAAAUGAUAUAAUCUGCUAAAGUGUGCCACAUCAAAGAAAAAUUUAUUUCUUUUUAAGUCUAGACAGCUAAACAUUUCUUUUAUGCCCCAGAAACACUUAAAACACACAGAACCAUAAUGAGCUUUGCCCUUCAGGCCUGUUAUCUCGGAUCCUAUAUCUGUCACAUUAAAAGAGUUUUGUUUUAUUCUUUCUUUGUCAGAUCCCUUUGUUUCAAAAACAAUGCAAACAUGCUGUAAAAACUUGACUUAAGUGAUUUGUCCUCUUCAAUGAAAGAUGGCAGAAUUAGAUAAAGCUGCCACAGUUUUCUCUUAAAAGAGUCACUUUUGUAAAUUACUUGAGGUUUUUGGCUGAAGUGCUGUUCCACUCAUUCUUUUUAAUUAAGUCAUUUUUGCCUCAUACUAGUUAUUGUAAAAAAUUACCAUCUUUUUCACAUGCUCAACCAAUGUUUUAUAACAUAAGUAAGGAUUUUCACUGUAAAUUUUACCACUUUUCCCAACAUAUAUUUUGAGUACUUCCACCAUUAUGAUUAUGAUAUCAUAACAAAUCUACUCAUUAAGUUCUUAUAACAGAAACACAGAUAUAUUAUAAGCCCAUUAUACUUGUAUAAUACCAGUCAUAUAUAAAUAAAUAUUCAUUUAUCAAUCUUUAAAUGUUAGUUGACAUGACGGCUCAUAGGAUGUCAUUCAGACUUCCUCCAUUUUGUGAAUCCUGACCAAACUGAGGUAAAACUCAAACCUUAUACAAAUAACAGCUCUCUCAGCAUUGAGGUAAAAAUCAAACCCCUUACUAUAAUAACAGCAGUGUUAUUGACAUUGAGGUAAAAAUCAUUAAACUCCUUGGUACAACAACAGCUAUCCAGUUGCAUUGAGGUAAAAAUCAAACCCCUUACUAUAAUAACAGCAGUGUUAUUGACAUUGAGGUAAAAAUCAUUAAACUCCUUGGUACAACAACAGCUAUCCAGUUGCAUUGAGGUAAAAAUCAAACCCCUUACUAUAAUAACAGCUGUGUUAUUGACAUUGAGGUAAAAAUCAUUAAACUCCUUGGUACAACAACAGCUAUCCAGUUGCAUUGAGGUAAAAAUCAAACCCCUUACUAUAAUAACAGCAGUGUUAUCGACAUUGAGGUAAAAAUCAUCAAAAUCCUUGGUACAAAAAACAGCUGUCCAGUUGCAUUGAGGUAAAAAUCAAACCCCUCACUAUAAUAACAGCAGUGUUACUGACAUUGAGGUAAAAGUCAUCAAAAUCCAAGGUACAACAACAGCUAUCCAGUUGCAUUGAGGUAAAAAUCAAACCCCUUACUAUAAUAACAGCAGUGUUAUCGACAUUGAGGUAAAAAUCAUAAAAAUCCAUGGUACAACAACAGCUGUCCAGUUGCAUUGAGGUAAAAAUCAAACCUAUAAGUAUUACAUCAGCAAUCCCGUCAGCAUUGAGGUAAAACAAACACCUCUCAGCAUACAAAUGGCAAUUCUGCCAGCGCUGAGGUCAUUUUGACAACAGUUCUAUCAACAUUGAGAUCAAAAUCAAACCUCAGUAUAAUUCAGCAUUGAGGUAAAAUGUGUAACAACAACACUGAGGUAAAAAGAAGUACCUCUCAGUUUAAAAAACAGCAGUCUUAACCACUUUCAGGUAAAAAUUGUACCUCUCCAUACAUCAUCAGUCAAAUUUAAUAAAUUACUACACUUAUUGAAUUAAUGGAACUUGAAUAUUUCUUGUUGUUCUUUGUGUUUGUAUACUGAGUAUCCUAUUUUUUCUUGUUUAUAGCUCAUAUUAAAACCCGACAUUCUUUCGACAAUGUGAAACAACAUAGUGUAUGUAUCUGUAUAUUUUGAUACAAACAAUUUAUUACUAUAUUAACUACUGUAUGUUCAAGUCAUUUGUGGAAACGUGUGUAACAUUUUGAUAAUAUAUUGUUUAUAUACAGUCCAAAUUCAUUCGCUUGAACUCGGUGGGACCAGAAAAGUUUGUUCGAGUUAGCGGUAGUUCUAGUCAUCAAACAAAAUACAUGAUAGGGAUUUUGCCAGGAUCUGAUGAUGAGUUUGAGCAAAUGAUGUUUUUAACUGGUCAUUCCUGUAUCUAUUCAAUAGCAAUUCCAAUGAGAAAACAUACUUUAAAGAAUGUUACCUACAGUUGUCUUCUUUUUUUUUGCAUGCAUUUGUAUUGGGGUUUUUUUAUUUUUGUGUGUACUUUGUACAUUUUUGUUCUGUUUUACAAACAGAUUGUAUUAUAGCUUAAAUGUACUUAAUAAAAGCUUUAUGACAUUUUUAUAUGCAUAGACCUUUAUUGAAAAUAUUUAAAUUGAAUUUAGGGUAUGAACCCUGAUCAUGAAUUAAGUUAUGAGGAAAGGUUUAAUAGGCUUAUGUGAGGAAAUAUUUAAUUAUAACCAUGUUUAUAUAUUUACUGUAAUACCAAAUUAGAUCAGUGUAAUAAAUGCAUUCCAAAGCUAUUAAAUUUUAAGUCCCUAAUACGGUUGACCUUUUAAUCAACAGUAACUUAAAUCUUUUCAAAGAAGAUAAGUAACAGCUUUUGGGAUUAUUUUUUUUUGUUGGUAUUUGGGUCAGUGGCUAUUUAGACCACAAUAUACUUCUGGUUCUGUGAUAGACAUACACAAAAUGUAAUGUCUCAUAAAAAACUAUUAUUGUUACAGUGACAGGAAAGGAAGGUAAUAAGCCUUACCCGGCUUAAUUUUUAAAAUGGACUUGUCCAUCUUUCAAUUUGGACAGUACCAUUUACUGUUUAAAGGGAUGCUUACCUAAAAGAUACUGAAUAGCGAACAAUGCAGAUCAUGAUCAGACUGCAUGGAUGUGCAGGCUGAUCAUGAUCUGCACUGGUCGCAAAGGCAGAAUCAAUCAUGCCCAGCAUGAUAAGGGUUUAUAUAAGUGAGGUCUAAAAUAUGCCAGCAAGCCACUGUGAGCCAAAAAUCUAUGUUGUAUUUUUGCUUGUAGAAAUUAGUAUUUAUACCCUGCUAUUUCAAGACAUAUAAUAAUUCCAAUAGAUGUGCCUUAAUUCUUCAAAUUGUGAUUAAGGGCAGUUUAAAUUGUAACUUUAACAUAUUGUCUUCUUUCAGUUUUACAAUGUUUUGUCUAAAUUGAGGCAAAGGUUCACUUCAAACCCAGACUUAGACCCAUUUACUCCUUUGGAGCACAGUUAUUUCUGUUUACUAUGUUGUGCAUGUAUGAUUAAAUAAAUAAGGAGUAUACUUCAUGGAUGAAACAAAUGAAAAGUUUAACAGCAUUAUUUGUUCAUAUGAUUAUAUGCCUUCUUUACCAAAAAGUGCUUCAAAAAUUUCCAGGAGCUCCUUUGCUGUGCUGUGCUUAUAAUGUUUACCUUGAAUCCCUUAUUAUUUUUUUGUUUUAGAAAACCUAACAUUUUUAAUGCGGGUGCAGUAAGUUUAAAAGAGAGUUAUAUUACAGCACAUUAUUUGAUUUGGAACAACUUUCAAAAAUUACAAAUAUUCUGGUUUAGGGUUAUUCUACAAUACACAUGUAAAUCCAAGUCAGUAUAUCAAACUAUGUAUUUUCUUUAUCAGAAAGUAUUUAUGGCCUACAUUUAGCAAGAUUCAUCAUGUUAGUCAUGUUAUAAUUAUAUUUUUAUUGCUUUCAAAUAUAAAUUAUUCAAAAUGUAUGUUACAUAAAAGUCCUUCUCACAUUCCAAGAUCUGAUUUAUAUUUAAUGACAGUAUGCAUAGAGAACAGAAUUGUCAUAGGAUGUUGACAGUUCUGUCAUUUGUAUUAUACUUAAAUGGACCAAAAUGUAAAAUAAAGGUAUUCUACAAAAUUAA